AUGUUACAGACAGCACCUUGGGCGAAUCGAUCUCGCUCACGCUGGAUCCAUUGCGCCGUUUUCAUUACCAUCAGCGUAGUAAUCCUAUUCACCGGAUGGCACAACCAUGUCGGCGUCGACUAUAAAGCGGCAUAUGGUAUUCCCACACCGUGGAGAUGGUCGAACAUCGCUGAAGAAUGGAUCGCGCUGGACACCCGACUCGAAGAAUGGAUCAACGUUCCCAUCCCCAGCGCAGAGGACAUGGCCCGGCAGGGUGAAGCGCUCUGCCCAACGGGUCUGGGAGGGAGAAACGAGACUUCUUUCCACGUCGAUCAACAAGCGUACUGGUCCUCGGUUACGACCGGGGACAUCAAGCGCGCAAGGCAAGACUUGGUCGAUUGGCUUCGAGCUGCUCACAAACGAGGAGAAUUUGUCAUCUGGCCCGAGACUAGAACGAAGCAGAAAAAGACUCGCGGGAUGAUCAUGACCGGCGGGAAUGGGCGCACGAUGAGACGGGUCGCUUUGACGCUCGAUCUCGUCAGGAACGUCUAUCAUAACCAGAUCCCCGUGGAGAUAUUCUCGUUCGCCGACGAGUUGAUUGAUGAGCGAGACAAGGCGAUGAUCGAGAGGUUCGGAAAGAUUUCGUUCAAAACAAUUCAAGGCAAGAAGACUGGGGCGAAACGACACUACAUCAAGGGCAGGGCUUUCUUGCGGAACUCGUUCGACGAAUUCUUGUACAUCGACUCGGAUAGCAUUCCGCUGCAAAACAUCUCGCAAUACUUUGAUGCAGUCGAGUAUGCUAGUCAAGGCAGCGUUUUCUGGCCAGACAUCUACAAGGAUCAUUCUGCCAAUGCGAUCUGGCGUAUCAUCGGCGAGCCAUGUGGAGGUGACUGGGCUCAAGAGACGGGCCAGGUGCUAUUCGAUCGGACGGGCAACUUUGGCUGGAAUCAAGCCGUACUGUUGCUCGCAGACCGGAUGCAGACGCAGGGCGACUUUUGGUAUCACUUUAGCUACGGCGACAAAGACACCUGGAGAUACGCCUUCAAGAUUCUGGGCUUGCCGACUCCGACUAGUGGUCGAUCUUACUCGCCUCUGGGUGGAUACCUAGACCGAAACGGUACCAGACAAGAGCAGUUCUGUGGGCACACAAUGCUUCAGUGGGGGUUGACACCGCCGGAUGCGCCAGACGAUACGAGAUAUCAUCCAGAGCCGGGGUUCGCUCACGCGAACAUGCUCAAGUACCACGACUCUCAUAAAGGACGAGUCGAUGUAUUUUCGCAACUGCAGCGACUCCCUGUGGAUGCUUUGACGGAACCAUCUCUCGAACGUCUGUCAUACGUAUUCGAUUGGGAGGCGCGAUGCCUGUCGAUCGAGAAGCAGUACACAGAAGAAGGAACAGAAGUGAACCCGGAUGAUGAUGGGCCGUUGACAAUCCCGUUCGAAGACGCUUUUUUGCCGGGGAGAGAGCAGGAACUCUUGGCCAUCCGGCAAGUCGCUCAUCAGCUUAGUCAGCUGGGUUCGGAACCCUUGGAUGAUGUAACGAUAUGA